AUGGACUGUCUAAAAGCCAUUGAGCCUACUCUACCCCCACACGUCACAGUUCAUGGGUUCACUGCUCCACAACCGGCACCGACAGCAAUCGAAUCUCAAACAGAUGCGGUGCUUUCCACUGCAGAGUGCAUCAGGGCAAUCAAGCCGAUUGCAAUGAACUACGACGCCUUUCUCGUCGCAUGCUUCCGAGAUCACCCUCUCAUCCGGGUCCUCAAAGAAGAGUUUCCCCAGCCGGUGCUCGGAAUAAUGGAAGCCGCAAUGUAUGCUGCGCGCAUGCUUGGAGAUAAGAUGGGGAUCGUGUGCACGUCAGACCGAUCAAUGAUGGCUCAUUCAAGCACUGUAUCCACCUAUGGGUUCUCGAACUACUUCUCCGGAUGUGAAUCGGCUAAAUUGGGCGUUCUGGAGCUUGAUUCGAAGCCGAAAAACGAAGUACAUGCAAAUAUAGCUCAGAAAGUUCGUCGGCUUGUUGAAGACAAGGGUGCUGAUUGUGUUUUGUUGGGCUGUGCGGGAAUGGCAGAAAUGCGGACUGUUUGUGAGAAUGCUGUGGAAGGGACUGGAGUGAGGGUGUUGGAUGGUGUGACUAUAGGUGUUCAGUUUCUUGUUGGCUUGGUGACAGAAAACCUCAUGACUGCAAAAUCUGGUGUCUAUCGAGAUUCUGGAGCAGAUAGGUUGAAGCGGAAUCAGGAAUGGCUUUAA